UGUAUACUGGGCGCGGGCGUGGAUGGAGCAUAGCACUCGAGUCAAGGGCGCCGCCCGUCGCGGGACACUCGCUCACGUCACGUGCAUUACAACUGAACUCUUACUCGACUCGUAGAUCUACGAUCGUACAGAUAAGAAUGCAUGCAUAGAACACGAUUAGAAUGUCGAUGGUCCAUUGAUGGAGCACUAAUCCACUAUUUUCAUGAAUCAGCUAUGGGCAUAUGGCUAGUUUUUCAAGAAGUCUGAACACGGCUCCAUCGGUACACUCACGAGUCCAUGUACGCUAACACUGCGGGCACAGGCUACGCUCGCACUUCACCUGGCCAGCUCACUGCUUAUGACGUUAUGUAGCCUUUAGUUUUAUACAUAAGUGUCCGGUAGUAAGUCUGGUUGUACACUCGAAUGUGUGCAAGGACGAUUAGGUAACAUGGAUUUCUGCGGAGGUGUUUAGCCGCAUAAACAGCUGGUGCUAGCAAAGGACGUCUUUCUCUAGGACUGACUGCUGGCAGUACAUGUAGCGUUCGGACGGAUCAGCCGGAGCGAGUGGCCAGGCCUCUUUUGUCAUCAAUUUUGUUUUAUUUCUGUCAGAAGUCGGCGCGGGGUGUUCUAACACUGUAACAGGCUUGUGGCACAACAAUUUGCCUUUUGUGUUUUGAUUUGUAGCCAGAAAAGCAUCAUGUCAGAAGAAAAUGGUGAAAGUCUCGAAACCCUGAAAAGGAGAACAGAUGACGAACGCCUGGGAAGUGCAAAGAGCGUUGACGGAGAAACGGGUGCUACGUUGUGCGCAGCCAAUUCGGCCGAUCAGCCGAUCCCUUGGAAGGAUUCACUACCUGGCCAUUUCAAGGACUUGGAGUACGUAUCUCGGACGCAGUGCUCGACCAAAUUCGCUGCGCAGAGUUCGUGCUGCAAGGCAGUGUGCAGCGUGCUGGACACUCGCAGCGGUGACCAUGUCACGUUGGAACGCUUUUCGCGACCGUUCCGCCGCACGGAGCAGGCAGUGAGGUUGUACUCUGAGCUGACGUUGCUGAUGCACAUCAAGCAUGAGAAUGUCGUGGGCUUGGUGGAUUGUUUCGGCGAUGCCCUUGCCUGCACUCUGGAGCAGGAGAGUUGCUACCUGCACGUUGUCACGUCGAGAAAUCCGAAAUCCUGUACAUUGCAAACCAUAAUCCGCUCAGAGACGUUGAGCGAGAAGCAUGUGCGAUUCAUCGUGUACCAGAUCAUGCGCGGCCUCAAGUACCUGCACUCAGCUAGGAUUGUACAUUCUGACCUGAGACCCAGUAACAUUCUGGUGGAUGAGGACUGCCAGGUGAUGAUCGCUGACCUGGGCAUCAGGCAGCAUAUCAGCCACUCCGCGGCGUCCACACCAAUGUUCCAGCACCAUCUGUCAGCACCGGCGGAUAGGUCCGCGCCCCCGUCCUCGUCGUCUGUCCGGCAAACGAGAUCUCACAGCACAUCGUCGGACAGUGGUGUGCCUCACACUCCGUUGGAGUUCAAUCAUGUGUACAACACUAUGAGGAUUGAUGUGGCUGCGGAUGUGUGGGCCGUAGGCUGCAUCAUGGCCGAACUGAUAACAUGCCGGCCUCUGUUCCGUGAGACCGACCACGUCAGUCAGCUUGCACAGAUCCUAUUACUUGCUGGUCAUUCACCAGAAAUGGUGUUGGAGCGCCUCCCUGACGAUGACACAGUCCGACGCCAUGCAAACAGCUUCUUGUACCUCAAUCCAAGGAACCAGCCAUUCGAAGAAGUCUUCAAAGGCGCGGAUAACAAUGCCAUUAAUCUGCUGCAACAGAUGCUGAACAUCGACCGUGGGAAGCGUAUUUCGGUCGAGGCAGCUUUGAAGCAUGACUAUCUUGAAGACUUUCACGACCCGGAUGAUGAACCAGCGACGGUGGAAUUUGAAGCCGAGAAACAACGUGUACUCUGCAGUUCCUUUCAGUCGGCUAGCGAAGCACGGGAAGCACUGCAGACGGCACUGAGCAACUGGAAAGAGCAACGGCUGAAGCGAUUGCAUCAGGGUGCUGAUGAACCGGCGCUAGUUUCACCGCCCCUCAAGCAACUACCAACCAUCCCGGAGGGUACUAAUAUCACUGUGCUACUGAGUGCGUAAGUGAAGGUACAGCUCUGAAACCUCCAGCCUCUAUAACCACCUUCCACCAGUUGAAAGCUCCAGCCCAUAAUCUUCAGCCCCCCAAAUCUCCAACCCUGAAACCUCCACCCGGCAUAGAAGCUGCAGCCGGUGUAGCUUGCGCCUGCUAUUGGAAGUUAGCGAAAUACCUGAAAUAGUCUUGCACACUGUGCAUGCUACAGUCCCCGAGUAGGGUACCCGGAGCAGACUGCUGUUCUGCGCUGCUGCUUGAUUUAAACAUGCUUGGGAACUUUGUAGCCUGCUGCUGUGCUCUACUGACAACUUUGUCAUGUGAGUGCUUGCUUGCACACUCAUGCAUGCACUCUCUUGCCGCGUGUACUUUCAAUUAUUUGUUUACAGCCGGUGUCCGUUUCUGCGGAAUCUGUUUCGCUGUAGUAUGACGCAUGGCUGGCUGGUGGACAGUUUGACUGUGGAUCUGACUCUUGAUGGCUGUGCUUAGCAUGCAUGACCUCGACGGGCCAUUAGUUCAUGGCACACCAUGCGAGCUGGUGGCUAUGAUAUUACUCUGGCUGCGCUUUGCUUGCUGCAUAUCCCUAACUUUUAUAAACAUCUUUCUGUGCAGCAAUUCUGUUGCCCAAUUGCCACGAAGAUGAACUGCCCUUUUCUUUUUUUCAUUAUCAAGGAGCAGCUGUUUGUUGAUCAUCAUCAAUCACAUAAGUUUCGCUGGCUUUUCAAGUUUUCAAGUGUAUUCGCUACAUUUCAUUCAGGAUGCAGCGUUACUGCUCAGGAACAUGACUAUAUGCAGUUCCCAUGCAGUUCAGUUUUGCACUCAGUGUCUUGAGCUUGAGGUCUGACAACUUUCGAGAUUUUUUUGAUUUCUGCAUUAUGGAAAUAAUUAUUCACUGCCCCAUCAGGCAUCACCUCA